AUGAAUAAUGGGCGCGUGUGGGCAUUAAUCGGACUGCUGUUGCUCAUCAAUGGAUCUGUAUCAGCUAUUCAACUUGGGAAAGUGGUCGCGGACCUUCGCCUCUCCUUGUACUACACCAAUCCAAAACACGAGGCCGCCGAUGGUUACUGCGACCGAUCGUUCAACGAUAACUGGUGUGACACUUACUUCAACAUUUGCGUCACUUCUUUGAACUCAUCUACGGACUGUAACCUUUACUCAACCUCGACUGAAACUCACUAUGAUAAAUCGCACGUGAAAUAUGCCGGAAAGGACGCGUUUCGGAUCCCCCUGAGAUACCCGAUUCCAAAAAGCAUUCAAAUUGAGAUAUCGGCCUACGAUAACGAUCGCUUUACAUCUCACGAUCUCAUUGCUAUCUUUGGAAAUCAUUUCGUAGAAGUUCCGGUUCCAAAUACAAUUAUAAGCGCUGGUCUCGUCAAGACCGAAAGUACAGGCCACAACGAACAUGUAAAUAUCACAGCAAUUUUGGCAGUGGAAUGCAUAAAAGGCUUCUACGGAGAGAGAUGCUCGAUUGAAUGUUUUCCGGAGAAAUACCCCAGUAUGUUGGGGUGUCAUGAAAACGGAACGAGCGUAUGCCUUCCUGGUUUUCGUGGACAGUUUUGUGAGAAACCAGACGCUUGUUUCUACAAACCAUGUAUUCCAGGAGCUGAAUGUGUAAAUGUGGAUACUCCAACUGGCUACAACUGCAUUUGUGGGGGAAGUGAGGAUGCUCAUUGCUAUGCUGGCUACAAUCCCUGCGUCCCAUCUCCAUGCGAAAAUCAGGGUCAAUGUGUUAGGACUGGGGAAAAGCACAACGCAUUCACUUGCAACUGUCCAAUUCAGUGGACUGGAAAAUUGUGUCACGUGCAACGAUCGCCGUGUGAGGUAGCCAGCCAGAAAUUGGCUAAUGCCGAUCUUCAAGACCUCUUUGGAAUGUACAAGAAGGACAAUUAUUCCUCCGGUGGCAACAGCAUCAGUAGGUCUGUCAGUGUCUGCAAAAAUGGCGGACUCUGUGUGGAUCUAAUGGAGGACUUUAAGUUCAUUUGCAACUGCACUAGUGGUUGGAAAGGCGAAUUGUGCACGAUUCCAGAUUGGACCAACGCGAUUAUCGCAGGAUGUGUUGUAUCGGGUCUGGUUGUGAUACUCCUAUGUGCGAUUGUUCCUUGUUGCUUGCGACUGCGAGUACUCCGACGAAGAAAACCACAGAUCCCCAUCGAACCACUCGUCUACGGUCAUGGUGGUGCAAAGUGUCCAGUUACUGAACGUAUUCCCUUCAAGGAUGUUUUUUGCAAUUACGUCAUAAUGAGCGAUGCAGUGGAUUCACAGAAUGCCGACAGCACUCAGCAGUUCUACGAAUAUUGCACAGUCACAUCUCCUUCGUCAAGAGAAGGCGAUUUGUGCACUUCCACCUCAAAUGAUUAUGAAAUUUCUAUAGAGGAGAAACCACCACCAGAGCUGCCGGUUCGGCCAGACAGUCUGGCGCCUCUGCCGAAGUCGUAUAACACUUUGAUCUCCCAGGACCGCGAUUCAUUUUCAUCCCCGCGGUCGGAGUCAGUGUACAGUCGGCAGCCGCUCCUGACUCCGCGAACUUCGGACUUUUUGACUGCAUUAGAAGGGGAGGAACAUAACUCUCAAAAUCCAAAUGGUCUUCCGAAACGCUCUGUUGAGAGCGGAGAGUCAACUCUCACGAAGCUACUCCGUAUCGCAAAAAAAUGA